AUGUACGGUAUGAUCCACCUGUGUCAUCUGCAAGACAACCUGACUCCCCUGGACCUAUCUGUCCUCAUGACCUCGGCCAUCUGCCACGACCUCGACCACCCUGGCUACAGUAACAGCUAUCAGACAUCAACGCGCGUACAGAGCUGGCAGUGCUCUACAACGACAUCUCACCUCUGGAGAAUCAUCACUGUGCCGUCGCCUUUCAAGUCCUUGACA